CCGAAGAACAAAACCCUAACCCUAUAUCGUUUCUAAUAAUCUCAUCUGCAAUCUCUUCAAAUUUUUUUUCUCCGUCUUCUUCAGAUCUCUGGUUUCUCGGAGUCAGGUGAAGCAAGAAGUCAUGGGAUCGAAACCGAAGGGUGAUUCAUCUUCCGAUAACUCGAACACAGGAGAGGGAGCGAGCCCUGGAAAGAUUUUUAUCGGAGGGCUAGCUAAAGAUACAAGCUUAGCGACAUUUACCAAGUAUUUUGGAAAGUACGGGGACAUGACCGACUCAGUUAUAAUGAAAGAUCGAUAUACGGGGCAACCAAGAGGCUUCGGGUUCAUAACCUAUGCUGAUCCAGCGGUUGUUGACAAGGUUAUUGAAGAAGUCCAUGUCAUUAACGGGAAACAAGUGGAAAUCAAAAGAACCAUUCCUAAAGGCUCCGUGCAGUCUAAGGAUUUUAAAACAAAGAAGAUAUUUGUUGGUGGGGUGCCUACAACGGUCACUGAAGAUGAAUUCAAAAAUUUCUUUUCCAAGUAUGGGAAAGUUGUGGACCACCAGAUUGUACGAGAUCAUGCAACCAAUCGUUCUCGAGGAUUUGGAUUUAUAAUCUUUGACAGUGAACAAGUUGUAGAUGAUAUGCUAUCGAAGGGUACUAUGAUUGAUAUGGAGGGUACCCAGGUGGAGAUCAAGAAGGCUGAACCAAAGAAAGCCUCAAACCCACCACCUCCGGCAUUUGGUAGCGAUUCUAGGGGUCGCUCUUUUGGUGAUCCUCUCGGUGGAUUUGGCGACAGUUAUAGUGGUUUUGGUGCUGCUUCCUAUAGGACGCCUGGAGGUCUUGGUGGUAGACUUGGUGGUUACGGGGGUUAUGCUGGUGGAGGUGGAGAAUUUGGUGGUGGUUAUGGGGGUUUUGGCAGCACAGGCUUAGGUGGGUACAGAGGAGAGUCCUCCCUUGGUUAUUCUAGUCGCUUUGGACCAUAUGGUGGGGGAUUUGGAGGGGGGUAUGGGGGGAGUGGCUUAGGUGGUUAUGGCCGAGGAGGUGAAGGUUAUGGAGGCUACAGUGGUUCGGGCUAUGGUGGUGGUUAUGAUUCUGGCCCUGGUGCUGGUUAUGGUGGGGCAGGUGGAUUAUAUGGAAGUAGAGCAGGUUAUAGUGGCAGUAGUCGAUACCAUCCUUAUGCAAGGUAGAACAAGGAGUUGCAGUUGCUUAAGCUUCCUUCUAGCAGUACUACAUGGGUGCCUCUAGUUUUUUGUGUAUUACAUCUUGUUGCAGGAUAGUUACUGGCUUGCAGGUGCUAGAAGUGUCUUUGACCGUUGCUAGAAGUUUGUUUUGCUUUCUACCAGAGGAAACAUCUAGAAGAUCAAGGAGAUUGUUGCUAGUUUUUUUUUUGUUUUUUUGGUUUCGAUAUCUGUAUGGUCUACAUAAAACUUUAGAUGAUCCAUUAGUGUUUUGUGUGUCAUUACUCGUUAGACAUUAGUUUGGUUUUGAAUUUAGAUUGUGGUAGAU